GCGGACAUUAUGGAUGCCAACUGCUGUAGAACCUCAAAGAGGAAGCUCAGUUAUGUCAUGUGUCAUUUCAGCCGGGAAGUCCAGUUGGUGGCGGUAAUGCAUCUUUAAGUUGGUUGGCCAACCGCCAUUAAACCAGAAAGAAGAAGCCUUCUACUUAGGAACCAGAACAGCUAGAUUUCUUCGCGUCGGUCUCAACGGAGCUACAUAAAAGCAGUCGGCAUGUUUGGAGCGGUGGUUGUUGGCAUUGGAACAGCCGGUUGGGUGAGGAUUAGAGACAUGUUAGCACCUCUACCUGGCAGUCCUGCGGAGAAACUCAAUGUCAAAGGAUUCAUUUCCAGGAGAAGCCUGGACACCCAGCAGGGAGUGAGUCAGAUCUCAUUGGAAGAGGCUAUGAGCAGAGAAGACAUUCACGCUGCGUUCAUCUGCACUGAGAAUGCGUCGCAUGAAGACUACGUCAGAUCUUUUCUGCAGUCAGGGAAACAUGUCUGUGUGGAGUAUCCCAUGACCAUGAGCUACAAGGCUGCUGCCGAGCUUUGGGAUUUUGCCCAGGAAAAAGGAGUGAUUCUCCAUGAGGAACACAUCGAGCUGCUGACAGAAGACUUCAAAGAACUGAAAAAAGAGGUAGAGGGAAAAAUCCUGCAGGAAGGUACUCUUCAUUUUACUGGUGGAGUUUUGAAGCCUGGAUUUGGUUUCCAAGCUUUCAGCGGCAUCGCUCGCCUCACCUGGUUGGUCGAGUUGUUCGGUGAGCUGUCAGUAACUGCAGCAACCAUGGAGGAGGACUCUGGUACCAACUACAGCAAGUUGACCGCAAAGCUGCUAACUUCUGACAACAGACCUCUGACGUGGGUUGAGGAACGGGGACCGGGCCUCCCCCGGGCCAAGAACAUCAACUUUCAGUUUGACUCCUGCACUCUGACCCAGAUCCCUCCGGCGCCCAGGGGGGCUGUGGGCAUCUUCAUGCAGGACCUGAUCCAAUUCUCUGCCAAGCUGGCAGGCCAAGUGAGUCCAGAGGAACUCCAGAGGGAGAAAACCAGGAUCCUACACUGCCUGCAACUGGCAGAGAGGAUACAACAACUUUGCCAAAGUUAAAUGGGGACUUAAAUCUAUCUUUAUAUUUCAUCACCAUGCCCUUAAGUUUUUGUAUCAUUUAGUAGUAUAGACCUUUUUCACGGCAGACAUGUUGACAUGUCAUAGUAGGAAAAGCACCGGUGUAUUCAAACCCAUUAAUGA